AUGUUCACUCGCUCGGUCGUAAAGACACUCAGGACAGCAGCUGUCCCACGCAGGGCACUCUCGUCCACCCGCGCAGCAGCACCACUCGUCUCGUCCCCGGCAAAGACGACCCUCGCUCGUCGCCACGUCUCGUCUUCGCCCGCCGUACUCGAGGGACAGGAACCCAUCGUCGCUGUCAAGGAGGACAUCAAGAUCCCAUACCCCGAUGAGGCCGAGUUCCCGCCCGGCGACUUGGGCCACUCGAUGGAGGGUCCCGACGUCGACGUCGGCCGACACACUCGCCGCACGCUCGCUUCCUUCUCCAUGACCGACAAGGUCUGUGUCGUUACCGGCGCGGCUCGCGGUCUGGGCAACCUGAUCGCGCGUACCUUCGCCGAGUCCGGCUCGAACGCGAUCGCCAUCCUCGACCUCGACAAGGAGAUGGCCGAGCAAGCCGCCGUCGACCUCGUCUCGUGGUUCGAGGAGCACGGGGAGGCCAAGAAGGGCGAGAUCAAGGCUAUUGGACUCGGGUGCGACGUCGCGAGCGAGGAGAGCGUCCAGGAGUGCUUCAAGACUGUUAUCGACAAGUUUGGCCGUGUCGACACGCUCGUUACGGCUGCUGGCAUCGUCGAGAACUACGCCGCCGUCGACUACCCAGCCGACCGUUUCCGCAAGCUUAUGGGAGUCAACGUCGAGGGCUCCUUUUACUGUGCUCGCGAGGCCGCCAAGGACAUGAUGAAGCGCAACGCCAAGGGCUCGAUUGUCCUCAUCGGCUCGAUGUCGGGCGCUGCCGUCAACAUCCCUCAGCCGCAAGCGCCUUACAACGCCUCGAAGGCUGCAGUCCGGCACCUCUGCGCGUCCCUUGCCGUUGAGUGGGCGACCAAGGGCAUCCGGGUCAACUGCAUCUCGCCUGGAUACAUGGCGACUGCUUUGACGCGCGUCAUCCUUGACCGCGAGCCAGAACUUCGCGAGGCCUGGACCUCGUUAACCCCCAUGAACAGGAUCGGGGAGCCGGAGGACCUGAAGGGCGCCGUCAUCUACCUCGCCUCCGACGCUUCCGCAUUCACUACUGGAGCCGACUUGCGUGUCGACGGCGGCUACACCCUCACCUAA